AUGACUUUGGGUGACCCCUAUAGCCCUACCCCAUCCAGGUGGAUUCUCUCCCGAACUAACGAUGGGACCACCGUCCAAGCUCUCACCAGUUACGGAGCCCCCACUUUCAAGUUUGACCUCUGUGCCCUCUUGGGACCAGGAUGGAAUCAAAACCGGGCUAUGCGGGACUCUAUCGCUGGGGGAUGGGGAUACUGCCCCACUAUUCCCACCACUCCAACCACACCCGGGGCAGGGGAAGUGAGAAUCAGAAGUAUUGAAUUCUAUGUUUGUCCGGCCAUGGGGAAUCCUUCCUGUCAGGGUAGUAAUCACUUUCACUGCGCAGAAUGGGGUUGUGAGACUGUGGCCAGGUGGAUUCCUAGGGGCGGCCGGGACCCCCUAAUCACCCUGGAGAGACAAAGCCCCCUCCCCGCCUCCUGCUGGCCUGGGAAAUGUAACCCUAUGAUUCUAACAGUCAAGCAGGACACUGAUGACUCUUGGAAUCUCGGGCAUUCUUGGGGUUUGAGGUUAUAUAUGACUGGGUGGGAUAAUGGGGUCCUUUUUACCAUUCAGAAAAUCGCAGUUCCCACCCAUACACUCCCAAUAGGUCCGAAUCCCAUCCUUAACCCACAAGCCAUGUUGACUCUCGCCCCACCAUCUGUUAGGGACCUGGUACCAGAGGCUCCCGAAAAUCCAGAGACCCUCACUAACCUAGGAAUUGCUAUCGAACUUAACAUCACCUCUGUGGGAAAGUUAUCUUUAAGUAAGUCCAAACAACCCUCUGCCAUACCUGCCCGCUGUAACCCAGACAAGCCUAGACUUACCCUAGACGAUGUCCAGGGCAAAGGGAUGUGUUUGCUCGGGCCUGACUACCCGCUGCGGUCCUCCCCGUUCAACGCUACGUGCACUUCAGCCAUUCUUAUUUCCCCCACAUCCAAAAGCUCUGACCUCCUGUUAACCGCCCCACCUGGAGUAUGGUUUGCUUGUACCAGAGGACUCACAACCUGCAUGCAGGGCAUUCAUUUCCUCAACCCGACCGAGCUCUGUGUAGUGGUGUGUGUCUUUCCUCAGGUAUAUGUCUACUCAGAGGAAGGGGCAGCUGAGCAUUUUGGCCUAACUCGCUCCAGGAGGGCUGCACCUAUCUUGGUUCCCAUAUUGGUGGGACUCGGAGUGGCCGGCUCCGCUGCUGUUGGGGCCUCAGCCCUGAUACAGGGGAAAGCCAACUAUGGUGCCUUGAGUGCACAGGUAGACAAGGACCUACGCUCCUUGGAAGAGCUAGUCUCACACCUUGAAACUUCUCUAGACUCCUUGGCUGAGGUGGUUCUCCAGAACCGCCGAGGCUUGGACCUACUGUUCCUCAAACAGGGAGGCUUAUGCAUGGCGUUGGGAGAAACCUGCUGUUUCUACGCCAAUCGGUCUGGAGUUAUUCGGGAGUCCUUGCAAGCCUUUAGGCAGCGGUUAGAUGAGAGGGACCGCGCACGGGCAACGGGGUCUUCUUGGUAUCAGACCCUGUAUAAUUGGUCCCCCUGGCUAACCACCCUACUCUCCGGAGUGGUGGGCCCUCUGGCCCUUCUCCUCCUUGGGUUACUCGUGGCCCCUUGUUUCAUAAAAUGCAUAACCUGCUAUGUCCAGAAACGAGUGCAAGCACUCCAGUUGUUUGUCCUGCGUCAAUCCUAUGCUCCUCUGGACUCUGAUGAGUCCCCCGUCUGA